UAGUAAACUAAUAGUUAUUGAUCAUGUUGCUCAUGUGAACAGUAUUUAGGACAAACUUUAGCUGUUAUCAAACGGAACAGUUGAGUUGAAAUGGAAGAUGCAGUAAACAGCUUGACCCUGGUGUGGAUGAUUGGAAUUUUUGGAUCUGUCUCCAUGGUUAUGGCUUCCUGCCCUGAAAAGUGCCAGUGUAAUUCGGAUUAUUUUGUGUAUUGUAAACAUGCUUCCAUCAAUGACUAUCAGCUUCGUCAAAUUAUGGACACUAUGCCUUCAGAUGUCAGACUUCUGGACCUGGGAUCCAAUCAAAUUGUAAACAUUUCUGACAACUUUUUUUUUCAUCUGCCAAAUUUGGAAUAUUUGAAUCUCUCAGACAACUGGAUUGUGAAUGUGGAACAAGGUGCCUUUCAAUCGCAGCGAAAACUCCGUGAUUUAAACUUACAAAGAAAUUUUGUGACACAGUUAAAGGAGGGUACAUUUAAAGGCCUUGUGAAUGUGAAAACUUUAAAUUUGGCAGCCAAUAAUAUUAAGAAUAUCGAAGGCAAGACUUUUUCCAGUUUGGAUAUACUUCAACAGUUGUAUUUGCAAGAAAACAAACUUGAUAACAUUUCUAGUCACAUGUUUGAAGGUCUGGAUGAUCUUCAUUUCUUAGACUUGUCACAUAAUGACAUUUCCACGAUUGCAGAGGAAAGUUUUUUGCCAUUAACUGAAUUGUGGGAUUUACGCUUAAACCAUAAUAAGCUUCAAAAUGUUGAUGCGAAAUCAUUCGAUAAACAAGUGGCCAUUCGUCAGUUAGAUCUAAGUCAUAACCAAAUUGAAAAUAUAGACUUUUUAGCAUCCUGCCAGUUUCGAGAAACAAUCAGUACCAUUAGUCUAUCACAUAAUUCAGUAUUUCAUCUACCAUUCCAUGUGGUUUCAACAGUUAGACGCUUAGCAACGCUGGAUUUAUCCGAAAAUCAGAUCACCUCCAUAUCAGAAAGUGCCUUCUUCGGACUUUCCUUACUGAAACUCAAUCUUUCAGGGAAUGACUUACUAAAAAUCGACCGCAACAUGUUUGCAAAUAUGCGAAAACUUGCACAUUUGGAUUUAAGUUUCAAUAAUCUACAAGAAAUUAAAACUGGUGCAUUUGACAGCUUCCGUGAAACGGUUUACUAUCUCAACUUAGAAAAUAAUUUCUUAACCGAAGUGAACACAGGGAUGUUUCGUGGAAUGAAAAAUCUCUUGACCUUGACUUUGGAUAAUAAUUCGAUUAAAAAUAUCUACAAAGGUUCGUUCCAGCAGCUGGUCAAAUUGGAAGAGUUAACAAUGUCAAAUAACAAACUAACAAAAGUGACCAACUCCAUGUUGAAAGGACCUCAAUUAAAUACUCUGUAUUUACAUCAUAACAAUUUG